UGCCGCUUUUGGACAUACAAAGCGGCGUCUGGUUCAUCGUUCAAUUCUGAAACGGCGUUGCUGUGAUCAGAUAUUGGAGAUCCCCUGGGUUACUUGAUGUCAUCGUCGACAUAAAAAAAUCCGCUGAAGCUUUGUGAUCUUGGAUAAAUCCGAUUUAGGAAAUUGGAAACCGAAAGAUUAGAUAUAAGUGUAUAUCAGUCAAGAAUCGUAGAGAACCUGGGCACUGCCAUUCCCGGACCUCGUCAAGCAUCCCCAUUGGACUAAGCCGUGGGCACGCCGUCAUUCAGAGUCUCCUGACACGACUCGCGUUUCGGCGUGUCGAUUUCUCGAGCAAGCUAGAAAGCUAGGCUUGAUCGGGCCGUACUCCAAUUGCUCGGCUAGGACAUAAGGCGACAUUGCGUAUUCCAUCAGGUUAUAUUCUAAGACCAGCCACUCUUGUCAACCUUCUCUGGUACAGCAGAGCAUCCAACGACCGUUGGAACCGAGAUAUCCACGGUUCGAUAGAUUGAACUACGACUAUCGCGGAAGGCUUUCUCGCUAGAAAUGACGCAUCAGCGGCAACGUCCGCGACGACGACUGUUGAGACGUGCGUCACUGUUGGCCAUAGCCUCGACAACCUCGGCCCUUAACUUGUCCCAAUUCCAAGUCAUCACGUCAAACCAAAUACCAAAAAGUUGCAUCAAGGCCUACCAGAGCGACAUAGAAGGUUGUACGAGGAAUGACUUCACAAAUGGAAGGCAAUGCUCAUCUACUUGUGUGCAGGGACUCGAGCAGGUGCAAGAUGUUAUAGACAAAGCUUGCGGGGACUUGAAUGUCAGUGCGAAAUCGUUGCUCGGGAUCGUGUUAUCUGGCGGCUUAGUCGAUACUCUCUGCCCCGGUUUCGAGACUACGACAGUAACUCAGACUGUACAACCUACAUCUACGAAUGGAGGAUUCUCGACAAUAAAUCCAGCACCGACUAUUACGUCGGCCGACUCUAGCAUAGCCUCAACCACAACGUCGCAGCAAACCACACCUACGAGCGACUUAUCAACGAUAAUACAGUCGACGACGAAUCAAGAAACUCCGCCGCCAUCAACGACGUCCGAUAGUAGCAGCACUUCGUCACAGACGUCGACUGAUACUACGCCAACGCAAAACACGGCACAAUCCGCUACUACGAGCGCAGCACAAACAACAUCGUCGGAUGAUUCGGGUGAUGAUGAUCCGACACUUGGUGGCGGUAGCCCAUUCGAUCAGCCAGUCGAAAGUUUGGGUACGGCCCUGCGCCCAGGGUUCUGUAUGGAAGCCUUGACGGCUGUAAUAUUUGUCGCCAUGUUUAUGUUGCGGUAGUAGCCGUAUUCCCUUGCCAAUGUCGAGGAUGUAUACCCGACUAUGUACGAACAGUAGUAAUGUCUAAAAAAAGGAGCGAAACGAUACCCAGGGAUGCUAUGGAUUUAGAAGGGUUGGGUGAAGCGAAGGGAGCAAGUGGAACGUAUUUCAAGACUCGCAUCAAGAUCGAGUGGGAUUCACCUUGUUAAAAUAGAUAUCGAACCACGAAAGGUAUAUGAGAUGAAGUCUCAUAACUUUGUACAAUAGUAACUCGAAAUUCAACAGCUAGAAACGAGAAAUGUCACGAGAACUAUUUGGCUUUUGAGGCUUUUG